AUUUAAUAAAAAUAACUAGUUUAGUUGACUAAAGUAUUAAACGUUGUCAUAUGAUUGGAGUCAUUGGAUAGGACCUGGAAUCAAAUUCGAUUAAUACUUUACCUGCCUAAAAAAAAUAAAGACAGCUUCAUUUUCACGAGCAAAAGAUUAAACAAAAAAAACCCUCCUUUCUCUGAUUUAAAAUCUUUCUGAACACUCUGUCACUCAUCUCUCUCAACACUCCAUCACUGCACAACUACCACUGGCUAGCCGUUAAAACCCACUCUUCAUCGCCGGCAAACUUUCUCUCUCUUAUUCAAAUGCAAAUCACUUCAACAAAUUUCUGCAAUUCCCAGAAAUUAAAUUUGGGUUUUAUUUGAAUCCCAAAAUAAAAUAAAACCCUAAAACAAUUUUCCCAAAUGUUCACUCCUCAACGUAAGGCGCCAUGGACGCCGUCAACAUCGACACCAAGAACAGAGCCAAGGCACCUUCAAACCCCUUCUUUUACUGGCAAAACGACGUCGUUCUUGGAUGCGCCUCCGCCGACGAAUUCGCUUGCGGCGCCGGAAAGUGUCGAGUUUGAUGGAUGUCAUAUGGAGGAUUGGAGGAGGUUUAAGGAAGUGGGUUUGUUGGAUGAGUCUGCUUUGGAGAGGAAGGAUCGUCAAGCUAUGCUUGACAAGAUUUCUCGCCUUGAAAAAGAGCUUUUUGACUACCAAUACAACAUGGGGCUUUUGCUCUUGGAGAAAAAAGAUUUAAUUUCCAAAACCGAAGAAUUAGGGCAAGAAGUUUCUGAAGCUGUAGAGAUUCUUAAGCGUGAGCGGGGUGCUCAUCUGAUUGCUGUUUCUGAAGCUGAGAAGCGAGAGGAAAAUUUAAAGAAGGCUUUACAAGUUGAAAGACGGUCUUUGGUUGAUCUUAAGAGAGCUUUGCGUGAUAUGAAUGAAGAACAUGCAAAAGGCAAAGCUACAUCUGAGACUAAUGUGGCUGAUUUAAAUGCUCGAAUGGAGGAACUUCAAAUACUGAAUUUGGAUGUUGAGAAAAGAUCUCGCUCAGUGGAUGCUAAACUUGCUGAGUCAGAUAGAAAGAAUUCUGAGCUAAACAGAAAGCUUCAAGACUUGGAAGUUCGUGAAAACAUUCUUCAGAGAGAGCAAUUAUCCUUAACUCAAGAGCGAGAAUACCAUGAGUUACACUUUCGGAAGCAGAAGGAAGAUAUGCUUGAGUGGGAGAAGAAACUGCAAGAAGGGGAACAAAGGCUGUGUGAGAGUCGGAGAAUCCUUAAUGAGAGGGAAGAAAAAUUGCAUGAAAUUGAUAUCUCUAGCAAAGUUAAGGAGUCAAACUUUGAGGAGUUGCAAAAAAAGAUUGACUUGGCCAAUGAAACUUUGAAAAAAGUAGAAAAUGAUGUAAAGAAUCAAUCAGCAGAGUUGGAUAUGAAGAAGAAGAAAGCUGAAGCUUUAAAAUGCAAAUUGGAAGCAAGGGAAAAACAGCUGCAAGAAGAGGAACAAAGGCUAAAUGCAAGAGAAAAUGUUGAAUUAGAGAAGCUUAUUAAUGAGCAUAAGGUUAUGCUAAAUAACAAAAUGCAUGAAUUUGAGCUAGAGAUAAUACAAAAAGAAUCAGCUCUUGAAGAGGAAAUAAAGAACAGAAAGGAGACAUUGGAUCAAAAGGAAAGUGAAAUCAAUCACCUUGAGCUGAAGCUUGGUAAGAGAGAACUAGCUUUGGAGAAGAAGGCUGAGAGGUUGAAAGAUAAAGAAAAAGACAUCGAAGUAAAGAAUAAAGAUUUGAAGGGACAAGAAAAAUGUCUAAAAGCUGAAGCCAAAAGUCUGGAGGCAGAGAAGAAACAAGUUAUUGCUGAGAAAGAAAAUUUGGAAAUUUUAAGAAAGGACAUUGAAAUGUUGAGAAUCAACACAAGGGAACAGGAACUGCAUAUUGAGGAAGAACGAAAAAUUUUGGAAGAUGCAGAGAGAGAAAGGUUAGAGUAUCUUCGCUUGCGGUCAAGUUUAAAGCAGGAGAUAGACAACGUGAGGCGUCAGAGUGAGCUCAUAGAGAAGGAAGCUGCGGAUUUGAAGCUUGAAAGGGAGAAGUUCGAGAGAGAUUGGGAGGCUUUGGAUGAGAAACGAUCUAUUGUGGAUAAUGAGCUUGAAACGCUAGCUGAAAAGAAAGCAAAUUUUGAAAAGUUUCGAAACUCAGAAGAAGAGAGAUUGAAAAGGGAAAGAGCUGAGAAUAAGGAACGUCUGCGUUUGGAGUCAGAGAGCAUUAAAUUACAGAUUGAAUCAUUUGAAGCUACGAUGAAACAAGAGAAGUCAAUGUUAGCUGAAGAUGCUAAAAAUCAGGAGGCUCUCAUGUAUCAAGAUUUUGAGCAGCAGAAACAGGAUCUUUAUAAUGACAUGCAGAAAAGAAGGGAAAAGUGGGAGAAGGUUAUGGAAGAAAAGGAGAGAGCUUUGGAAGAAACGAGGGUGAGAAAUAUGAGUAAUCUGAAGCUUUUAAAGGAAGAUGCUGAGAAAAAUAAGAGAGAAAUGGAAAUUGAGUGGCGUCACGUGGAGAAGGAAAAGGAGGAACUGGAAUUGAACAAAAAACAGUUUGAAGAAACUCGUGUUGAGAUAUCUAAGGAUAUUAAGGCUCUUGAUGAUCUUAGUAAAAAGCUGAAGAAACAGAGAGAACAGUUGGUCAGUGAGAGGGUGCUCUUUGGUUCUAUAAUUGAGAAGAUCAAAUGCUGCAAAAGCUGUGGAGAUUCUGCUCAAGCAUUUCUUAGUGGUAAUAUGCAGCUACCAACUGUGGAGGGGUCUUCUCAUUUCCCUAGGCCUUCUUGUGAGGAUCAGAAAGAUGCUAAGGAUGAGCAUGCUUCUAUUAGAGAUUUAAAUAAAGCAGGGUCUCCUCCCCUUAUAGGUGGGCAGAUGAGUGUGCUCCAGAAGUGUGCUUCAAUAUUUUACAAUUUAUCUCCUAAAAAGGGAAUUCAACAUUCUGAUAAUCAUGUUAUUGAAGAAACCUCACAAUCUGCUACACAUAUGCAAGCAAAUGAGCAUGUGAGGGAACAAAUUUCUACUGAUGAAGUAAAUGUGAGGGCUGGAACUUCUCCUAUUGAAGAAUUGGGUCCAGCAGUUGCAAAAGUAUACGAUGCCAUGAAUAUGUCCCAAUCUGAUGUUAGAGAUGAUAACGUUGAAAAUUCUCAGACAGUUGACGAGUUUGAUAAUGGCAGUGAAGUGCAAGACAUUUCGAAACCUGAGAAAUCUGGUUUAAAGAAUGGACAGCGCAAAAAACCUGGGAGGAAGCGUGGUCCUGGAGUACGAAGGACACAUUCUGUUAAAGAAGUGGUUGAAGAUGCGAAGGCUAUAUUAAAGGAUAGCUCAGUAGGAAAGAUGGAUGUGAAGCAGAAUGAUUCUGUGGCUGCAAAUGUGAACGAGGGAAAGAUUCUACAUGCUGACAUGACACAUUCUACCAGUGCCCAUAAGCGCAGUCGCUCUCAGGCUUCUAAAGUGACUGAAAGUGAGCAGGAUGUUGAACAUAGUGAGGGAAAUACUGAUAGUGUGACAACUGGUGGUCGGCGGAAGAGGCGACAAACGGUUGACUCUGCUUUACCCACUCCUGGCCAAAGGAGAUACAAUCUUAGGCGUCAUGCAGUUCCAGCCUCAAGUGGUAAACCUGAUAAUGAUGAUGUGGUUAGCCAUAAAGACAACGACCCAGCAGAGCAAAACCUUGAUGAAACACCUGUUCAUUCAUUGGAUGUUGCUGCUGAGAGUGACAGAAGAUUGCAUUUUGUGCAAGUUUCAACCACUAGAAGUGUUGAGUUUUCAUCUUAUACGUGCAAUGCAGCGAUCAAUGUUGCAAAACCGGCUGAGAAUAUAGAAGAAAAGACAGCUGAAGAUACAUUGUUGAAUGAUGCCAAUGGAACAUCAGAAAAUGUAGAAGAAGAUAGCAGAAGCAUGGUCAAUGAGAACGAAGAUGACGAAGAUGAGUAUGGCAGUGAUGGUGACAUGGAUGAUGAUAAUGAUGAUGACGACGAUGACGAUGAAGAUGAUCAUCCAGGUCAAGCCUCAGUAGGAAAGAAGCUAUGGAAAUUCCUUACAUCAUGAUUCACAAGUCGUCCGUAGCUGUUAGUUGUAAUUACAAAAUCCAUGCAGCUUAGUUUAAGUUGGAUUGUACCAUAAUUAUCAGUAGGUAUUGUCUGACAAUCUUUUUGUCCCAUAAAUUUGUGAUAAAACAUGGAUAUUUAGUUAUCCUCCACCUUUGUGGUUCUUACUUCAUAUUAUGAAAUAGGCCAUUCAAUUCUUGCUUACA